UUUUGUCAACUGAGCCAGCAGCAUCAGUGGAUUAGUCAUCUCGCACUUUCGUUGUCCUCUUCGCCCCCAUCAGGUGGAUCAGACUCAGAAUUUCUUGUUAAUUACGCCACACGAGGCCUUCAAGCCAUUAUUAUCGCUCCUACGCACACAACAAACGGAUUUUUUUUGGGUUGUUCAAGCUUUCAGUUGGAAUCGUAAUCAAACCUCGUAUAGACCCAGUGACGCCGGUUCUGCCUGCGAGUACAUACAGACACAAUGACCAGGCUGCAUCUUAGCUUCUCGCAAUCCUACAUGCCUCCAACCAUAGCGUUCACCAUUCUCCUCCCUCUACUCGCCAUUGUCGCGUUAGCCACGGCAGGAUGCCUGGCCACUCAGCCACAGUCAAUCCUCCCAUACCCGCUAGAGAUCUUCCGUCCCGAACUACAAGCGUCCGACACAUUCCGGCAGUCGCUCCUGCCGCUGCAGACGGACGCCGAAACCGGCGGCACUAACGGUGGCAUCGAUUCAAUCCAACGAGUCACCAGCGAGAACAGCGAGCCCAGGGAGGCCAGCGAAACCAGCAGCAGCAACGGACAGCAGAGAAGGAGGUUGAAGAGGACGAAAAGCACGAAGGCUGUUAAGGCGACGGGAGGAUCGGCCGCUAGUGCUGCCUCUAUUGCGUCGAAGAAUCCAAAGAACUCGAAAAACUCGAAGAAUUCUAAGAAUUCAAAGAAGAAGAAGACGGGUUCGCGCGGGAAGGCGCAAGCCGGUCAGGGCGACUCGUUCCUGCACGAAGCGAUUGCGAACGCCAAUGAGAAGGCGGGAAGUACCGUCAAGGUGGUGCUGUCUGCUGACGUGUCGCUCGCGUCAGACCUCCCUGCGCUCGAGUACAACGCCAUUCUCCAGAUCCGCGGGAAAUGCGGAGGCAAGCGGUGCGUCAUCAAGGGCAACGGUUUUAAAGGCUUCGACUGCGAUCCCGGCGCCGCGCUACAGCUCGAAGACCUCCAAAUAGAAGGAUUCUCCGGCGGCGCGAUUACCGGCGAAUGCAGCGGCGUGGGGCUCGCGAAACCGCUCGUCGCACGUCGUGUAACCUUCCGCGGUAACAGCAACACGCGGGGUGGGGCGAUUCUCCAGGAGCUCUCGACGAUCCAGAUCACGGAAUGCGUUUUCGAGAACAACCAGGCGUCGUUGGAUGGCGGCGCGAUCGCGCUGCUGCGGAGCGGGUUCCUCGCGAUUUUCAACUCCACGUUUGCGAAUAACGUGGCGACCGCCGGGUAUGGCGGCGCAGUGGCCGGGCAGGUUAACUACGUGCAGAGAAGCCACUUCGAGGGAAACUCGGCGAAGCUAGACGGCGGCGCGAUCUACUCGACCGCGAUCGCCGGGCAAGCGCCUAACAUUAUGCGGACAUCGUUCCAGGCGAAUGUUGCGAGGACAGGCGGCGGUGGAGGGCUGUUCGUGGGUGUGGAGGGCGGGAGCGGGGACAUGCAGCUGGUAACCCGUGUGUGUUAUUCGUCGUUCGCGAAGAACAGUGCUGUUUCGCCAACGGCUAGCGAUGAUAUUUUGGUGGAUGGCGUGGAGGGCGGGAAAAAUAUGCUCCAGCUGUGUGGUAACCAGAAGCCUGACAUCGUGGCUCAGCAGCCCAACGGCCAAGUGGUCCAGUCGUGCACCGGGUGCUCUGGCUGCGGCGAUGGCAGCGACUGCAACGGCAAGGGCAAAUGCACCUACGAUAAGGUGGAUGGCACCCCCACCUGCAAGUGCCAAGGCAGCUACUCUAGGGCGGCGUCCUGUGCCACGUGCGCCCUAGGAUACAGCCUGGCUUCCGGCUGCAAGCUCUGCAUAGCAGGCUUCAUUCCCGUCUCCUCCUCCGCCUCCUCCUCCUCCGCCACCACCUCUGGAAAGAAGGGAGCGGCUACUAAGGAGGAUGUGAAGUGCAAAACGUGUCCGGCUCUGAAGGCGAUCAGCGACUUGGACGUGUACCGGAUUAUCGGGGGGGCGCGGGUGUCUACCCAUGCUGCAUGCGCGGACAUGUGUGCGUCGAGCCGGAGGAUCCAGACGUACGAGGGGGACAAGCUGUCGUGUGAGAGCUGGGUGUGGAUACCGAAGGGCUCUGCUGCUGCUGCUGCAAAGAGCAAGGGCAGCAGCAGCAGCAGCAGUGGCAGUGGCGGUGGGAAGAAGAAGCGCGUGGCGGCGGCCUGGGAGAGUGAGUGUGGCGGGCUGUGCGUGAUGCGGCACACGGACGGGGCGUGCAGUAACGCGAGUGCGACGGUGAGGACCGCAGGCAGUUACUCGUUCUACAUGGGGUCGUUCGACGACGGCAGCUGCCAGGCGUGACCUGCGGGGAGGGAGAAUGGAGGGAGGGGCUUGGGGUUGCUUGAUGGGAGCAAAAUCUCAUGCAGUAACUGCUGCAGCGAGCAUGGCAGUGGCACACCCUAACUGGUCUGACUCAGCCGGUUUCUGGAGAACGAGGUGGUGGGCGAUGCGCUAUCAAGUUUCUCUAAAGCGAGGAACAACCGGGUACGGGAUGAUGGAACAUAGUUGAGGUUCAUACAUACUAGUAAUGUAUUUUUGUCAAAAUGAUCCAUGUGCCUUCUUUGGAGGUUGGUAAUGAAACUAGAUAUGAGUUACUUGUUCCUAAUUUGGAUGGCCUUUUUUGUACGUACCACUACUAUGGGAUAAA